CAGAGAGGAGGAAGCAGAAGGAGCUAGCAGGAGCGCCCAGGCAAAGGCUCAGCCCCCAGUUACUUCAGCACCCCCUCGCUGAGUGACCCCAGAGGAGGUGGCAGCAUCCCGCUCUGCACCAGCAUGGUCACGGCUGGGAUCUUCAUCCUCAGCCUGGGAGGCUCCAUCCUGCUCCCAGCAGGCACCCAGGGGAACCGGAUCAUCGGGGGAAAGGUGGUGACACCCCACUCCCGGCCCUUCAUCGCCUCCAUCCAGAUGGACGGGCAGCACGUCUGUGGGGGCUUCCUGGUGUGGCCCAAGUGGGUGAUGACAGCAGCCCACUGCCUCAUUCCCAGACGCAACCCCUCGGUGCGCGUGGUGCUGGGCGCCCACAGGCUGGAGGAACCCGAGGGGUCCCAGCAGAUCUUCGGCAUCGCGGAGUCCAUCGCCCACCCCCACUACAACCCCCGCUCCGUGGACAACGACAUCCGCCUGCUCCGGCUGAACAGGUCAGCCACGCUGAACAAGUACGUGAAGCGGGUCCGCCUGCCCUCGCCGCACGUUGACCUGAAGCCUGGCACUGUCUGCUACGUGCUGGGCUGGGGGGACACCUCCAACUACGGUGACCCGCCCGCCGAGCUGAUGGAGACCCCGACCACCGUCGUCAAGCGGAGCCUCUGCCGAACGCUGUGGAGGGGCAAGGUCACUUCCAACAUGCUGUGCGGGGCCAGCCCCAACGCCACGCUGCAGGGCGUCUGCGCGGGUGACUCUGGGGGACCCCUGAUCUUCAAGGAAAAGGUUUACGGCAUCGUCUCAUUCUCUGGGGAGAGAUGUGGGGACCGCCGGUACCCUGACAUCUACACCAAGAUCUCCAACUAUAUCGACUGGGUGUAUCGCAUCGUGCAAGGGCACCGCCAGAAGAAGGGGCAGCCAAAGCCCUGGCCAGGGCUGGGAGGGGGUCCCGGAGGCAGACGGGCUGCAGGGAGAGGGGCUGAGGUGUCUUGGCUGUCUGACAGCUCCCAGGAGGGAAGAAGAGAGCCAGGACUCCCAGGGCCUCCUGGCUCCGGGGGGUUUGGGAGCUGAUGCUCUGGGCUCCUCGCCCCACGGUAGGGCAGGAGCCCAACGGCCUCUUGGCAAGGGGGCACAUGUCCCUCCCCAGGCUGUACAAGAAGCCCCAGCACCUCACUCAGCCUCUUGCAGAGGCAACGUUUGUCUUCCUCAAUAAAACCACGGUCCCAGA